CGACCAUAUCCAUAGGCCAUAAGCACUCCCAAAGGGUUCUGCGAAGAUCAGGCGGGUAUUGUACCCGUAUGCUUUUACCUUCCUGUCAGAGAUAUCAAAGGCAGUAGUCUCGUUUCAGAUCUUUGAGUAUUCGUGGCUGUUACGUCUUAUGGCCGAGGCGGACAAGACCCUCACCUCCAUCUUCCUCUACCACCACGAUGCCGUCAUGCGCCUCCGUCUAAACCCCCCCUGUCCCGCUGCGGAUCACAUCAAAGUCUUGUUCGGGAAGAUGGGAAGGAUGGUAGUGAGUAGGAUGAAAAACGACACCCCCCGGUUCGAAGGGUCCCGCGCCCGCGGCAUCGCGCCACGUCCCAUCGAUGCAUGCCAUGGAUCCCCACGACCGCGACCACGACCACGGCCACGUCCACGUCUGCAUCCACGGUCUACUCCGUACACCUAUGCCAUGGACUGCCGCGUGCGGCCCAAGCUUUCCGAGAUUUGGCUUUUCGAACCGCCGUCCCUGACCCUCGUCGCACUGGAUCACCAGUCAUUGGAUCCCCGUUUCUCAUCGAGGAUAAAGAUGGCCCCUUUCCCUCUCUCCCUUUCCAUGGCCACCUCUCAUCUCAACAUCUCGCAACGUCUCUUUGGAGUUUGGCUUCUCUUUUCCAAUCAUCUCUCUCCUUUAUCUCUUGGGUUCGUCCUCAACACGAUCCUCCGGCUUCACGGCAUCAUCUCAGCAUCUCAUCUCUUCACUUAUUUGGUUUCACCCAUUGCCUCACGGACAAGAGCUGAUACCCUCGCACCCCCCCAGCCCAACAUGUCUACUCUGGCAGCAGACAUGCCGUUCGAUUUCAUCUUUCCCUCAUGCGAACCCGCAACACCACCCCAGUUCACCUUUGAUCCGUCAUUGCUUCAGAUGCCCUGCAACCCCGGCCAUGGCCGUUCCAGUUCCUACAGCUCCGUCUAUUCCGCCGUCUCAUCUGCCGCCGACUCCACCCCUGACUCCACCACCGACUCCGUGAGCACGCGCAUGACUACCCCGAGUCGUUCUUCGCCUCCCAUCCGCCAACAUGGUCCUAUUCUGCUGCCCAAGAUCCGUUCCCAGGACCAGGCCUUCGAAUCGCCUGCGAAGCGCCUCAAGUCGAACUCGCCCCCUGUCUCCGGCGGCCCGCCCAAGCGGUCUGCCUUCCGCCCUUCUCACGCCCGGAGCUACACCAGCCCGGAGUCCAUCGCCUGGGGCAUGCCCUAUGCCACCCCCAACCCCUCCCCGCCUCAGCCAGACCAUUCGUCUGCUUCCACUUUCUCUUCCUCUCUUCUCUGCUCUCCUGUCAAUUUUGCCCAGGAUGACUUCCAGUCCCGUCGUGCCUCCACCUGCAGCCUAGACGGUGGCGCUCUCGAGAAAUACGCCUUUUCGACGUAUCGCCAGAUGCCCACCUACGUCUCUGCUCCCGCUGCCGCUGCCAAUCAGCAGGUCGUCGUCGCAGACUCCUUCCCUCUCUCCUCUUACGCUCCUCGUGCUCCGUCUCCGCUGAGCCUGUCCUCUACCCCCGAGCCCGUUCCUAGCACUACUCUAUUCUCUUACCUCACUGGCCCCAAUCCGGCGCCGGCGUUGGUGCGCACCAUCUCAUACCCCCUUCGUGAUCCCCACACCAAACAUUUCUGGUGGGACGUGCGUCAGGUUCGGUCGUGGUCCGAUUUUUCCACCUCCACUAUCCUGUCCCUCCCCGGCGCUUCUGCCCUCCUCAACUGCCCGGUCCCUGCACCUCUCCUCCCCAAUCCCUCGACCAGCACACGGCAUCCCGAGACUGAGGGAGCCCUCCAUUCCAUCUACGCGGGGCAUUACCUGCCUAAGCUGAACGCUGCCUUGGCCAUGACCUCCAACCGGCCCCUUCAGUUCUCGACGGUGGCGCCAAAGUCGUCCGCGUCGUCUGGUCAAUCGGAUCUCCUCUUCGUCGCCAACGCCCGGGGGGACGCUUCGUCAGCGGCCGCCAUCUUCGGCGGCAAACCGUCGGCCCGCGUCGUGGGCAUCGUCCGGUCCUUCGACCGCUUCAACACGGGGAUGCGAGUCGAGGGGAACAUCAAGCGGGUCGAGUACCUCCGCGGGCUCGCCGCCAUCCACCACGCCAUGCGCGAGCACGGCUGCCGCUACGGCUUCAUCCUGACCGAGAUCGAGCUCGUCGUGGUCCGCAACGGCACCGAACCCACGCCGCACUUUGGCUUCCUGGAAGUGGCGACAGUACAGCUCGCGGCCUCGGCCUCGGCCUCUGGUUUCGCCGCCUCUGGCUUCUCGGCCGACACCGGGGCACAGGCUGACCAGGAGCUGACGGCCUGCCUCGCUCUGUGGGGUCUGUCCAUGAUGGCCGGCGACGAGGCCAGCCCGGGACAGGCGCAUUGGAAGGCGGACAUCGGGGCCCCGGCCGAGGGGACGCGUCGGAAGGCCUUGGCGAGGGACUCGUGGAUGCCGCAGCCGCAGCUGGCGGAAAAGAGGGAGGCGAAGCGUGCUCGGGGAUGGGUUCUCCCGGAAGAUCCUGUCGGCCGCAAGGAACUGGGCAAGAGGGGCGUCCGGUCGAGCAAUGGGCUGGUCCCAUGCUCUCCUCAAACCCUUAACUGGACGGAUGAUUGGAAUGAAUUGAAGUUGAUAAUUCUGAGAGGCGACGAGUUGUUCUUUUUGCUCGAUUAUGGCCGUCUCGUCAUUCGCUUGAACAUCCGUGCUUGGUACACGCCACUUACGAACACGACCCUUCCACCCAGUCAAAGGACCAUUGAGAUCUCGUCAGGAAUUGAGCCCGACGUGGGGGUCGAACCCACAACCUUGAGAUUCGUGGCUGUUCCUGUCCGCCUGUCCCUGCACACCUCAGCCAAGCCUGACUACGUCAUCAGCUAG